UCAGCUGUCUUGUGCAAGAGAGACCAGAAUGAGCAUUCUAGCACAUAGCUAGAAAAUUGUAUUAAGCUGGCCUGAAAAAUCAUGUUGUCUUACUCAUCCUACAUCCUGAUAGCACUGUCUGCUUUGUUAGUGACUUGCCAUGCAUUGACUAAAUGUCCAGGAAUUUCUGGGCUACCUGGUAUCCCUGGAAGGGAUGGUCUGAAAGGUCUGCCUGAUUCUCUGGCCAGCAAACACCACAAUGCUUUAGCAAAUUUGAGACACCAACUUUUCCAACUUGAGGCUGUGCUUGCUUUGAAUGGGAAAAUAAGAAAAGUAGGAGAGAAAAUACUUGCUAGCAAUGGGAAGAAAGUUGACUUUGCAUCUGCACUGCAAUCCUGUGAAGAGGUUGGAGGAACUCUUGCAGCUCCCAAGAAUGAGGAGGAGAAUAAAGCUAUUAUGGACAUUGUGAAACAGUAUAACCAAUAUGCUUACUUGGGCAUUAGAAAGGGGGAGACUUCAGGUCAGGUUAAGUCUAUAAAUGGCCUGCCUCUGAGUUACAGCAACUGGCACCAGCACGAGCCCAAUGGCAAAGAGAAUGAGAAAUGUGUGGAGAUGUACACUGAUGGCACCUGGAAUGACAAAAAAUGCAAUAUGUACCGUCUCACAAUCUGUGAAUUUUAAAGAAUGGCCUUUCAGCCACCUCAGAGUAUGGAGAUAAUGAAGUAUCUGUGUUUCAGGUUGAUUAAAUUUCUGCAAUUUCUCUGUAUCCUAAAAUAUAAGAUUAAUCAUAAUUGUGAUAUUUUUUAGCCUUAGGAAAAUGCCAAAUGUACUAGGUGAUUAACAUGAUUAAA